AACACAAACCAAGUGUUUUUGUGAAUUAAAAAAACAGAGCUCCCCCGUAACGUCACCGAACCUUUUUUUCUUUUUUUUUUUUUUUAAUAAUUAGCUUAUCCAUUUUGAAAUUCCAGGUCAGACCCAGGAAUAAAAAGUAAAUGACUUAUUUUCUAAAAAAUGAAAUUUCUAGUUAGUAUAAAUACCGAAGUUGGACCCAGCAAAAGAGGCAGGACUAGAUUACAAGAGAAGGGCAACACCACCAAAACAAAAGAUACUUAGUAGAGAAAAAUGGGAAGAGUCACAAAGCUUCACUCUAACAAUGAUACGGUUUCUUGGGUCAGAGGAAAGUGUAUAGGCAAAGGUUCGUUCGGCAACGUAAGCUUAGGAGUCGACAAAUCGGACGGUCGUGUUUUCGCCGUCAAGUCCGUUGAUCGGAUGGCUUGUAUUCCUAGUCAGCUUGAGGCUUUGGAGAACGAAAUUCGGAUCCUCCGAUCACUUUCAUAUUCUUCUUCUUCUCCUUAUGUGGUUCAGUACCUCGGCGACGACGAGUCGUACGAAAAGACGACGUCGUUUAGGAACAUCCACUUAGAGUACUUGCCAGGUGGCACUGUAACAGAGGAUCAUGAUGACGUGGAUGAAUUGACCUUACGAUCUCGAAUUUGGUGCUUGGUUUCAGCAUUGAAGCAUGUACACUCCAGAGGCAUUGUCCACUGCGACGUCAAGGGCAAAAACGUCUUAGUCGGUCACGCUCCGGGUCUUGUUAAGCUCGCGGAUUUCGGGUCGGGUAAAGGCCACUCCAUGUUUGAUUCCGGAGCUCCAAUUUCGCCCCGGGGAAGCCCGCUAUGGAUGGCGCCGGAGGUAGUUCGUGGGGAAUCUCAGGGGCCGGAGAGUGACGUAUGGUCCUUGGGAUGCACGAUCAUCGAGAUGGUCACCGGGAAGCCUGCGUGGGAGGAUCACGGUGUCGACACGCUGAGUCGAAUCGGAUUCUCCGACGAGUUGCCCGCUUUUCCGGAUAGAUUGUCGGAAACGGGUCGAGAUUUUAUCCAGAAAUGUCUUCGGAGAGACCCGACGCAGCGGUGGAGCUGCAGUCAGCUUCUGGAGCAUCCAUUUAUGGCGGCGGCAGCUCCCGACUCGGUCCCGAACUCAUCUCCUCGUUGCGUUCUCGACUGGGUCAACUCGGAGUUCGACAGUGAAGAGGAAGAAGAUUUCGAGUUCGAGGAAAAAUCUCUCUCGGCGAAAGAGCGAAUUAGUAAAUUGGCUUCGAGCUCAGGGGCAAUUUGGGAAUCAGAUGGUUGGACAGUCGUGAGGUCCUCCUCUUCUUCGACCAGUGAGGAAGAAACAGCACGUGCGAAUUGUUCUGCGUGCCAAGGAGAAGAAGGAACAAGUUUAGAAUAUUCGGAUAUAGAGAGGGCAGAAGAUGAAAUAGUUGGGACAAAUUCGCAAUAUUCUUAUUUUACAGGGACUAAUUUGAAAUAUUUGAAAAUUGGUGAGUACGAGCCGGAAUGGUCAUGUAACGUGAGGCGUGACGGUGACGGCGGUGGUUGUGGUUGUGGUGGGUGGCGGUGCGUAGCUGGCUCGAAUUGUCGGCAUGGAUUGGAGUUAACAGUGGAUAGGCACAGAAUAUGUUUUUACAGCUUGUACAUUAUUGUUGUUUCUAUUAGUUUAUUAUUUUCAUAUUCUUUCCCAAUAAUAUUAUCCACGAAUAAAUGCAAUAUUUUCCUGAGUUAUAUUUGAUAUUCUUUACCUUUCAAUUCACAAUUAUAAAAAUUUAACCAUUACCAUAA